AUGACGCAUAAGCUCGUGCUGGCACACAUACAAAUCGACCGGCCAGAAAAUCCAAUACUGUAUCGUUUAUAUGUCCACCACGGAUCGUACGGAUAA